AUGGUUUGCAUUUCCCAGAUUGAAAGGUCAAGAUUGAUUAUUCGCAAUUUCCUUCUAAUUUUUAUCCCCACCGGUGUUCUACUUUCUUUAUUAUGUUUUGUAAUAUUUCGCCUUCCUUCAAUUCCAGAUGAACAACUUCAACAUAUUAAAUUUCCCAGAAAUUUGGACGAGCUAAAGUUGCUCGGCGCCACUCUUUUAGCAUAUAGAGGAGUAUGUUAUUGGCGAAUUCUUCUCUCAAUCACGAUUGUUUUCAUACUUCUUCAGUCUUUCAUGAUACCUGGUUCCGUUUUCUGCAGUAUUUUACUUGGGUAUCUUUACCCACUGCCAUUGGCCCUGCUUGUCAUCGCUUUUUGUUCAGCUGUUGGCGCAUCCUGCUGUUAUCUCAUAUUCGGAUUUCUGGGGCGCCAGACGGUUCUAAAACUAUUCCCCGAUAAGAUAGCUUCUUGUCAUCAGUUGAUGGGACGCUUUAAAAAUAUGAUGGGUUUUACUAUUUUUCUCUUUCGAUUGAGUCCUAUUGUUCCGAAUUGGUUGGUCAAUAUUACUUCUCCAUUAGUCGGUGUUCCUCUAGUUGAUUUCUUUUUGGGAACAUUUGUUGGUGUUGUUCCGCUCUCCUUGUUCUUCGUUAAGGCAGGGACAAUGCUCCAGGAGUUGACAGAUAUUGGUGUUACUUCUGUUGCCUCAGUUUAUACUCUCGCAUUAUUUGCUGUGAUCUCUAUCGCGCCGAUUCUCUUUCAAAAUCAGAUCAAAAACUUUUUAUCUGUGUGA